AUGGAGAGGUUUGUUGAGGAAGGAGGCCCAUCUCCCGUCCCGUGUGUUGUGGAGUACUACUUGUGUAUGUGGUGUGGGUCGUCUCAGCCGCUCGCUUGGGGUCGGGUCUCGCCGUCGUCGUCGGUAGGUCAGGUCAGGGCAGGGCAGGGCAGGGCAGGUCAGGUCAGGUCAGGUGAGGUGGUGAUGGCGUCCAGCCUCGCCGCCGCUUCUCCGUCUCCGUCUCCGGCGUGCUGCUCGCUCCAGCUCCACCUCCUCCGCCGCCCCGCCCUAGUCGUGUUUCCCAAAGUCGGACGCCCCCACCUCCGCCUCCCUCUCCGCCUCCGGGCCCAAGCAUCCUCUUCCCCUUCCCCGGAUCCCGAAGCCGAAGCCGACGACUCCUUCGCCGGCUGGUCGGACCAAGACAAUAAGGAUUCUGCUGCUGAUUCAGGAGGAGGGCCAUUCGGAGGCCUUGUUGGACCUGCCCUUGCUGGCCUCCUCUUCCUCGCCGGCGUCACAUUCGCAGCAAUCUCACUCAGACCCACAGGAUCAAAGGCACCCAUCCAAACCUUUUUGCCCACACACACUGAGGCAACGGCCGAUACUACUCCUGACCAGCAAGAAGAAGCUGACGCUGACGCUGCUGCUGCUCAGGCUUUGUCACCAGCCGAUGAUACCCUGGAUGCCACUAGUGAGGCAACGCCAUUGCCUAAUAAUCUACAAACAGACGACAAAAUACCCGAGGAAGCAGCUCAACAUGAUGACAUGGACAACCACCAAUUGGAUCUGGAUCGCGGCAGCAGUCACCUAGAUCCGACCACCGAUAAAUACAUUGCUUCACAAGAUGACACUCCUGUGACUGAUUCACCUCAAUCUUUGGUCCCUGCUUAUGAUCCAACCUCUGAGGACGCAUUAUUAUUAUUGGACUCUGAACCCACUUUGCCAGAAAACCAGGAUACUACUUUCACUUCAGAUAUUAUGGUGCUGGAGUCCGGUGAUGUUGUGCAAAUAUCUGACGCUGUGGCUGAGGUUAAACAUUUACAAGAUACAGAGCGGAAUCCUCAACUUUCUUCUACUCAAGAUGGAAUUUCUUCUGCAUCCACUUUUCCUGAUUAUGUGGCAUAUGGAAGCACUGACCGGAUGCUUCCAUCGGGCUCGAAUGACUUACCCACUCAAGACGCUGACCAAGGAAAGGCGAUACAAGACCCAGCAUCAGACCAGGAUCAAGGACGAAAUGCCAAACCUUUCUCUUCUGGAAUUGGAAUUCCUGCUCCCUCUCUGCUCUCUGCAGCUUUACAGGUGCCUGCUGGCCACAUUGUGGUUCCAGCGGCAGUUGACCCUACCCAGGGAAAUGCAUUGGCCGCGCUGCAACUUCUAAAGGUGAUUGAACCUGAUGCUCGAGCUGGUGAUUUGUGUACCCGACGUGAAUACGCUCGAUGGUUGGUAGUUGCAAGCAAUUCCCUUUCGAGGAACACUUACUCAAAAGUUUAUCCAGCAAUGUACAUCGAGAACGUGUCUGAACUUGCAUUUGAUGACGUCACCACUGAAGAUCCUGAUUUUCCAUUUAUACAAGGACUGGCAGAAGCAGGGUUAAUUUCUAGCAAGCUUUCAAGAUCUGAUAUGAACAUCGCUGAAAACAUUCAGGACAACCAUUACUUUUUCUCCCCGGACAGUCCCUUGUCACGUCAAGACCUUGUGAGUUGGAAGAUGGCUUUGGAUAAAAGGCAACUACCUGAAGUUGACAAAAAUUCUUUGUACAAGACAUCCGGCUACAUAGACAUUGAUAAAAUUGAUACAGCUGCAUGGCCUGCUUUGGUGGCUGACUUGGGUGCUGAAGACCAGAGCAUCACGGCUCUUGCAUUCGGUUUUACAAGACUUUUCCAGCCAGACAAACCUGUGACAAAAGGACAAGCUGCCCUGGCACUUUCAACUGGUGACUAUGCUGAAGUGGUUAUGGAGGAGCUUGCUCGUAUUGAAGCAGAUAAAAUAGCUGAAGCGGCUGUGAACGCUCAUGGGGCAUUGGUCGCUGAGGUGGAGAAACAAAUUAAUGCAAGUUUUGAAAGGGAGCUUACAAGGGAAAAGGAAAAAAUAGAGACCCUUGAAAAGCUGGCUGAAGAGGCCAGGGCUGAAUUGGACAAGUUGAGAGCAGAGAGAGAGGAGGAAAAGAAUGCUCUGCUUAGGGGCAGAGCUACCGUCGAAUCUGAAAUACAAGUUCUUUCAAAGUUGAGGUGUGAAGUAGAGGAGCAGCUGCAGAAUGUGCUGAGCAAGAAGGUCGAGAUCAACUUUGAGAAGAACAGGAUUGAGAAACUUCAAAAGGAAAUCGAGAAUGAAAACCAGGCUGCUGUGCAACUUCAGUACGAGCUUGAAGUUGAAAGGAAGGCUUUGUCUAUGGCCAGGGCUUGGGCAGAGGAUGAAGCAAAGAAGGCCAGGGAGCAUGCUCGCGCACUCGAGGAGGCCCGGAACCAAUGGGAGCGACAGGGAAUCAAAGUUGUCGUUGAAGCAGGGCUUGAGGACGACGCAUCGGCCGGAGUGACAUGGGCUAAUGCUGGCAAAGAACACCCAGUCGACGAGGCAAUCAACCGGGCGGAGUCGUUGCUGGAGAAGCUCAAGUCGUUUGCUGGUGAGAUGAAAGUGCGAUCCAGCCAUGCCCUGGAGAGAGUAAUGCAAUACGUGAGGUCCUUGAUCUCAAGCCUAAAGCAGCGAGCGGCGGAAGCAAGGCAAGGGUGCGCAGAUCUUGGGGCUGCUGCAGCCUCAAAGGCAAAGAAUGUGUCAUCAGAAGCCAAGGCGUUUGGUUCAAGCGUCGGGGACAGGUCGAAGAAGGUCGUGGAGGAGUGCAAAGAUGGCUUGGAGAAGCUUGUGCACAGAUUCAAGACAGACUAG